UAUAAAAGUGCUUCUUUAUUUGGUUAUACAGCUUUCAAAUGUUGCUUAACGAACAGAUAGCAUUUUUAUAAACAGAGGAAAGACUCAGUAUUAAAGUGCACGUCCCAUCAUUGCAACCUGGCCCUCGGGCAGCCAGCUCUCUCUGGCCCCGCGUCCGGCUUUCAGGUCCGGGAGCCCGGCCUCCCCAGCUUCUCCCGGCGCGGGCCCCGCUCCUUUUCCGGCCGCCCUCGCCCCGCCCCUUCGCCUCUCCCCGCGCUCCCUUUCUCGCUCACGGAAGGCGCUUUUCGCGAAGGCCCGGAUUUUUACAGCACUUCGCUUUUCUAACCCGGAAGAGUGCACGUUUGUUCGCAGGGCCAGCAAGGAGAGCCCCGCCCCGCCCGCCGCCUUUGGAGCCUUCGGACUCUGCCCGGCCCGGCCUCCCCAGGCAUGGCGCCGCUGCGCUUCUCCGCCAAUCUGUCCUGGCUGUUCCCCGAGCUCCCCGGCCUCCCCGCGCGGCUGCGGGCCGCGGGCAGCUCGGGUUUCGAGGCCGUCGAGGUGGCCUGGCCGUACGCGGAGCCGCCUGAGGCGCUGGCGCGCGCCGCGCGAGAAGCGGGGCUGCGGCUUGUGCUGAUCAACACGCCCCCGGGAGACCAAGAGAAGGGGGAAAUGGGGCUGGGGGCCGUCCCCGGGAGACAGGCGGCCUUCCGAGAGGGGCUGGAGCAGGCCGUGCGAUACGCCAAGGCCCUGGGCUGUCCCAGGAUCCACCUGAUGGCUGGCCGAGUACCCCAGGGAGCUGAUCGAAUAGCAGUCAAAGCUGAGAUGGAGAUCGUUUUUCUGGAGAACCUGAGGCAUGCAGCUGGGGUUUUGGCUGAGGCGGACCUCGUGGGACUGCUGGAGCCCAUCAAUACCCGCAUCACUGACCCCCAGUACUUCCUGGACACGCCCCAGCAGGCGGCAGCCAUCUUACAGAAGGUGGGAAGACCCAACCUCCAAUUACAAAUGGACAUAUUCCACUGGCAGAUCAUGGAUGGGAACCUGACAGGAAACAUCCAGGAGUUCCUGCCCAUUGUUGGGCAUGUGCAGGUGGCACAGGUCCCAGGCCGAGGGGAGCCCAGCAGCCCCGGAGAGCUGAAUUUCCCCUAUCUGUUUCAACUGCUGGAAGAUGAAGGCUACAAAGGCUUUGUGGGCUGCGAGUAUCAGCCUCGAGGUGAGGGGUGGCCCUGGGGAAGGGAGCUCUGGAGGGACUGGACAGGGGAUGUUUUCUCCUUGUGGGCUGAGAUGCCCAGGCCUCCCUCUCCCUACAGGAGACACAGUAGAGGGCUUGAGUUGGCUACGUUCAUACUGGGAUAGGCGGGGCCACCCCGAGGUGGCCAGUGAGGGCCUGCACACCACCCACAUGCCUCCAGACAGCGAGUGAGAUCCCAUCUCCUCCUCUGCAUUAAAGAUGACCCGCUGAA